AUGUCUCAGGCUGCUAAGGCUGUGGCUACCAUGGCGGUGAACCCGGGGCCUGAUGGCAAGGGGAAGGGGGGCCCAACCACAGGGCCAGCCCCAGCCCCUGGCCUGGCCCCUGGCCCAGCUUCUGUGCCCAGGCCCAGCACCAAAACAAGGGACCUGCCUCCUGGGAGCUAUAAGCUGGUCGUCUUCGAGCAGGAAAACUUUCAGGGCCGUCGGGUUGAAUUCUCAGGGGAGUGCCUGAACCUGGGGGAUCGUGGUUUUGACCGAGUGCACAGCCUGAUCGUCAUCUCAGGACCCUGGGUGGCCUUUGAGCAAUCUGCCUUCCGUGGGGAGAUGUUUGUCCUGGAGAAGGGUUAGUACCCCCGCUGGGACACCUGGAGCAGCAGUUAUCGCAGUGACCGGCUCAUGUCCUUCCGGCCCAUCAGGAUGGACUCCCAGGAGCACAAGAUCUGCCUGUUUGAAGGAGCCAACUUCAAGGGCAACACCAUGGAGAUCCAAGAGGAUGACGUGCCCAGCCUCUGGGUAUAUGGCUUCUGUGACCGUGUGGGCAGCGUGACCGUCUCCGGUGGCACAUGGGUCGGCUACCAGUACCCAGGCUACCGCGGCUAUCAAUAUCUGCUGGAGCCUGGCGACUUCCGACACUGGAAUGAGUGGGGCGCUUUUCAGCCACAGAUGCAGGCUGUGCGUCGCUUGCGUGACCGCCAGUGGCAUCAUGAGGGCUGUUUCCCGGUGCUGGCCGCAGAGCCUCCCAAGUGAGCCAAGCUGUACCCCUCCCCGCUG